AGCAAGCAAACAAGCAAGCAAGAAAACAGUUAUGGAAAACGACCCCCGACCUAAGAUGGAUGAGUUGCACCCUAUGACGAAAGAAGGCAUUGCUCCUGCUAGCUCCUGGCUACACGCGCCAAGCCAGCCCGAAAAGCUUAGCCAAUAUCCUGGUACCCCACACUCUUCAACGUCUUUGUCUGAUGAUAAAGAUGACCUGGAUUUGCAGAAACUAGGCUACAAGUCAGUUCUUGCACGUGGCUGGGGCUCUUUUGAUAACUUUGCAUGCUCCUUCUCGGCGUUGUACUGCAUAGGCGGCAUCAGAGUAUUAUUUUACAUUGCUCUCAGCAAUGGUGGACCGGCUGCCUUAUGGAGCUCAUGGAUAUCAGGAAGUAUAUUAUCGAUUAUUACUUCUGCCACGCUCGCGGAGGCUUGCUCUGCGUACCCAGCCGCUGGAUCCAUUUAUUACUGGGCAUUCCAGUCCUGGGGAGGUGGAAAGCUAGGGAGAUUUAUGUCUUUCAUGGUAGCAGCUUGGACUCUUGUGGCUUGGACAGCCUUCCUUGCAGCGGACUCUUUCGGCGUUGCCAACUAUCUAGUGUCUGAGGUGGUUGUGUUCAAUCCUAAUACGACCUUCCCCCAUGACACGGCGGAUGUGAAAGCAAGGGCGGUGGCAUGGGCCUUCUCGCUACUUUUCCUAGCCAUUGCGACUUUGAUGAACUUUCUACCUCCGCGCUCCUACGCAUGGGUCUUCCGCGCCGGCGUUAUGGUUAUCGCGAUUGAUAUUCUUCUCAACUUCAUUUGGUUGCCAAUUGGGGUCUCUAAGACAUACGGGUUCCAGUCUGCCGAAUUCGUCUUCACUUCAACAUAUAACGGGGGCCAGACCAGUCCCGGACUUAACUGGGUCUUGUCUUGGUUUCUUGUCUCUAGCUGCCUUGUCGGGGAAGAUGCUUCAGGCCAUGUCGCCGAAGAGACUGUCUCUGCGAAGAAAGCUGCUGCAAAUGGGGUUUUUUGGGCUACAGUGGCAUCGGCGAUCUGCGGAUUUCCAAUCAUUCUCGUCUUCCUUUUCUGCAUGCCUCCAAUCGAUACGUUUUACGACACCGCGGCUCCUCAGCCAUUCAUCAAUAUGUAUGCCCUGGCCUUAGGUCCGCGUGCACACGUUGUCGCCACGAUUAUCUCCAUGAUUGGGGCCAUUCUCAAUACGUCUAUUUCCAUGGUUGCAGCUUCCCGACUUGUUUUUGCAGUUGCUCGAGACUCCAUCUUUCCGUUCAGCGAGUCGCUUUGCAGAGUCUCGAAAAGCAAGCAGCCACACAAUGCUGUCAUUUUCAUCGCAACGAUUGCAGCUCUCUUAUUGUGCACCCAGCUGCCCUCGCAAGUGGCCUUCAUGAGCUUGACUUCAACCUCGGCGGCAGGCUCCAUUGCCGCGUAUGGCCUUGUCGGCUUUGGGCGCGCCUUCAUUACAAGGAAAACCUUCAAACCAAGCGUUUUCCAUCUCGGCCGAUUCGGAGUUAUGAUGGCUGUCGUCACAUUCCUCUGGAACGGCUUUGCAUUUGCUGUGCUUUGCUCCCCUCAGUAUGGCAACAGCUCUAUAAAUGCAGAUGCAAGCUUAUUCAACUAUGCCAUUGUUAUUAUGGCUGGCGUUACAGUCAUCGGCCUUGAAGAGUGGUGGCGAAAGUCCAGCCGCGUAUGGUUUCACAAUAUCAAGGAUAUCGACACUACCUCGGACGUUGAGGUUCACGGAGAGGAACUUCGUUCCACUUCGUCAUGAUCCGACACGAAUUUAUAGCCUGAAUCGUUAGGCUCUCGGAGGAUAGCAGACACCGAAGAUCGCUCAUAUAGUAGGCUGGGAGGUAUACGACGAGAGGUGGAAUGUGCUAGGGAGAACCACAGUGGGAUUGGAUCUUGGGAAGGGGGAUAUUUGGCAAUUGUAAGUUUGGAUAUGAGCAUGACGGGUGUUCGAUGAUUGCUUCGGCAUGACUCGUUCUGAGAAAUUACCGUUGAACUUGAUCUGGAUAAUACCAGCGAAAGGACAUGCUUCUAUCAUACUCUUCUCUCCUCCUGAUGUGAUGAAUUUCACGACCUCUUACCAGGUCGUGCUGGUCUACUAACGCUAGGUUGGGCAGCUUGGCAUGCGUUCCUGUGAUAUCGAACGUACGUUCUAUGCUGAAAGGCACCAUACGUGGCCUUGUACCAUCUAGUUCUCUCUGUGGAUGCUACCUCUUUGGUGUGACCCAAGAUUCACCCUCGAGGCGGCAAGGGGCUCAGAUUCCACGCUAUGCGUAUUGGCACGAUGGUGACUAUUGUCCAGGUUGGCAUGAUGUGAAUAUCGUCCAAGUGUUAUGCAAGCUUGUGUAUGUCGGAGUGGACGGGAUGCCGAAUUCUCGUGAGUCUAUUGUCGUAUGUGACUGUUCUUGGUGUGGCCCACUUCCACUAUAUGACCUAUUGAGGGAAGUUAGCUCCACCUUAAAUUCCACUUUCCAAUAGGGUUGUAGUCAGGUAGUCGUGUAAUGAGUAGGGAGAUCAGAUUACUGUCAACAUCUUGCUAUGUCCAGCAGUAGAGGCGUCACCUAUCAUGCCUUUUAAAGUAAGGACCGACAAAAGCAUUCGCUGAGUUUUUGAAUAUGGUUCCCUUGGAUGCUAUCCGAUAUAUCCGCAUACUACGAACGCCUGGCCGCAGGGAAGGAAGGAAGGGAGGGGUAAUAGUAGCAAUUCGCCACAGUGGUCAUCGUGGCAGUGAUAGCAAUGGAUAGCACGUUGAGAAGAGUAAUAAUUUGGCCGUACGAUAUUCUACCAGAGCUCCAGGCAAAUCACAGUAACAAUAUCAUUAUGAAGUUUCUUGUGUCAUACCCAACAUCCGCUUCUUACUUACUGCCCAUUUUUUAUCAAAUCCGGAAUCUUCUCAGCCAGGGCGUCUAUAAUAAUUAGCAAUACAAAACGUAGAGCGAUACGAAGACAGGAAAACUCACAAAUUGUGCUCCGAGGGUGUCCUGGGGGCAGGAACGGAAACGCACUUGCGUCAACGACACGCACUCCCUUAACACCAUAGACC